CCAUGUUAGCAGCAGCAGAAGUAGUGUCUCAUUGGCAGCUGCAUGAACCGAGAAGGAGGGGUAAUCAGAUAGAGAAAAGACAAAGCAAAUGCAAAGCCAGUUAGAGAUCAACUUGGGAUAAAGACAGACUCUUGCUGCAACACCAAAAUGGAACCCGCUAACAUCACUUCAACAGAAGAUAAACCAGCCGGGGUAGAUGGGGUUCUCAGAAAAGUGCGGAUUGCCUCCCUGGUGAUCUACUGUGUGAUCAUCAUGGUGGGGACUCUGGGCAACGGUCUGGUUAUCUACGUGACAGGCUGCAGGAUGAAGAGAACAGUCAACUCUGUUUGGUUUCUCAACUUGGCCCUGGCUGACUUCCUCUUUACGGCCUUUCUGAUUUUAACGAUCAUUUCCGUCUCUCAGGAGUAUCAUUGGCAAUUUGGAGAAUUCAUGUGCAAGCUCAACAGCUUUGUGAUUAUAGUCAACAUGUUUGCCAGUAUCUUUCUUCUGACAGCCAUAAGUCUGGAUCGUUGCCUGUCCAUCUGGGUGGUGGUGUGGGCACAAAACAAGCGCACUGUUCUCAAAGCCCAGCUCAUAUGCGUUUGCAUCUGGAUGACUGCUAUGGUCUGCAGCAUCCCUUAUGCCGUUUUUCGCGGGAUUCAAGUUAGAGGGGAGAAGAUUUAUUGUAGUUAUUCUGCAUACAUAUCACUUAAAGGAAUAUGGUUUCUUGGCAUUUUUCGCUUUGUUGUGGGCUUCCUCAUCCCAUUCCUGGUAAUAAUUGUCUGUUAUGUGGCCAUAGCUGUUCGUGCAGGGCGCCUGCAUAGGAUCAGGAAACAGAGAUCUCGCCGAAUCAUUUUUUCUAUUGUUCUUGCAUUCUUCAUCUGCUGGUUGCCCUUCCAUAUUACAAAUUUUAUAGAGUUAAAGUCCUAUGAUAACCCAGAUCUUAGGAAUAUUGUCGUGAUUGCCGGUCCACUGACUUUGAGUCUGGCUUUUAUGAACAGUUGCCUGAACCCGAUUCUCUAUGUUUUCUUGUGUGAUGAAUUCCAGAAGAAGCUCAGGAAGUCCAUAUGCUUUGUCCUAGAGAGUGCCCUGGCAGAGGACCACUUGUCCUUUAUGUCCUCUCGUUCCUUGUCAUCACACUUUUCCUGGAUUUCCCGCAAGUCAGACUCUACUGCACCUUUGGAGAGGAAGGGCACAGAAACUUCCUUAAACUUCACAGAAAGCAAAGUGGUCAUCACUGGCGAGAGAAAGACUGAGAGUACUGAAUAAAGGCCUCUCCAGACACUUCCUGAAACUUCACAGAAAGCAAAGUGGUUAUCACUGAUGAGAGACAGAGACAUUGAGCACUGAUUAAGAACCCAGGCAAAGUGACUUCAAUGAGACCAGAUUUUUUUUUUUAAAGCAAACUUGUAAUCAAUGAAUAAUCAAAGUUCUUUGUGUAACAAGUAAUUAUUUUGUACCAUGUAAACUUUAAGACAUCAGAUAUGGAAUUGCCUAUAGCUAAUAUAAUAAAGGAACCAAUGUUAUGUUUGUCUGUAAGCUUUUGAUGCUCAUUUACCCAUGGUUAUUGACAGGCUAUUUGUCCAUAGCAGCAUCCAUGAUAUGUUACACAAAAGACUGAGCUUUAAUACUUAAGCGUUUCAAUUAAGGUGAAUAAAAACUUAU